AUGAGCUCAAACGAUUCUUCCUCUCCUCGUCGUAAUAGAGGCGAUGUAUUAACAACAGUGACCUAUAAGCCUUAUCCUACUGUACAGGCAUUAGGACGUGCACCUUUACAUGGUCCUUCGAUCGAGCAACAUGUCGUAUUCAUUCUUGGCGUUGGACCUGGAUUAGGUUUGGCAAUCGCACAAAUCUUUGCAAAACAAGGAUAUACAGUCGCAAUCGCUUCACGCAAUAAACAAAGACUCGACGGAUGGGCAAAAGAGCUCGAUCAGGAGAUUAGAUCGGCCAGGAAGGCGUUAAAUGUUGCUGUGAAUGACAGCUCACCACAAAGUGUUGCAUUCGCAUGUGAUGUUCUAUCACCUGAAGCCAUACGAAAGACAUUUCAGGAUAUUGCAAAUACUUGGCCAAAUAAGCGAGUUGGAACUGCAAUCUUUAAUGCAAGUAUACGCAAAAGAGGACCUUUCCUUGAACAAAGGCCGGAGCAGUUGCAAGAUAGCAUUCAGGCCAGCAUCACUGGAGGAUUCACAUUCAUGCAAGCAGCAGUCGCCUCGAUGACAAAGAAUAACGAAGGUAGAGGAGGAAGCAUCUUAGUCACAGGCGCAACGAGUAGUAUUCGUGGCAGAGAAGGAUUUGCCGCAUUUGCAGCGAGUAAAGGAGGAUUACGUCAAAUUUGUCAAUCUGUUGCAAGGGAAUAUGGUCCACAACAUAUUCAUGUUGCCCACAUCAUCGUUGAUGGUUUGAUUGAUUCACAGCAAGCUCGUGACUUUUUAGGAUUGCAAAAAGGACAAAGGUUUGGAAAUGAUGCUGUUUUACGACCUGAAGAAAUGGCAAAAGCUUGGUUAUUCUUGGCAUCGCAAAAUGAAUCUACUUGGACGUUCGAGAUGGAUAUGCGACCAGCACGUGAACAUUUCUGA